AAGAGCUCCACGAUCCCACGAGGGUUCGCGCUCAUCGCUAUCCAUCGUCUCGGAGAAGCGCAACGACGCCGGUCAAGAAGGCAGCAGCGCAUGCGGCAGGUCUGCAGGCUCUCUACUUCGCGUCUGCUGGACUUCCGACAUGAGCGAGACCGCGCCCUCGGAAGCGCAACGCGAAGCGUGCACUUCGCAACAAGAAGGAGUCAGCCUUCUGACGGGCUUCAUGACUGCCGCAGCGCACAAGGCGAUCCAGGAGAACAUCUACGUCAUCCUGGGCCACGGUGCCCUCCAGCGUCGCGUCCUCUUCACCGGCAUGCUGUCCGUGGUGGUGCUGCUGCUCCACGCGCUGGCCGACCAGCUCGUCGCGCGCGAAUUCCGCCACUGGUGCGCUCCGCCCUCCGAGCUGCAGGACCUGCCCACGGACGCCUGGAAGAACGCAGCCAUCCCGCUGGGUCCCGACGGCGAGCCCAGCCAGUGCGACGUCUACGACCCGCCGUUAUCGUUUUUGCUACCGCAGAAGGGCGCCGACCAACGACGGCACGUGGCACACUGUAAGAAGUGGGCGUACGACACCAGUGACUCAGACGACAGCAUCGUGAGCCGAUGGGACUUGGUCUGCGACAGAGACUGGCUGCUUAAGCUCUCCAAGACCGUGUACGUGAUGGGUGCCGUGCUGUUUGUGCCGGCGGCUGGACUCUUGGCGGACAGAUUCGGACGCCGGCCCGCCAUCGUGGGAAACGCCGUAGGCGCCCUUUUGUUCAGCGUGGGAGCCUUCAUAUCGGAGAGGUUCACCAUGUUCGUCGUCAGCCGGUUCUUCGUGUCGGCCUGCAGCUGCUCGGCGCAGGUGCUAGUGUUCAUCCUGCUCUACGAGGUGACCGGCAACGAACGGCGCGCCCUCUACGGACUGUUGGACACGGCCGUGGGAACCACGCUGCUCGAGCUUUCAGUCCACCUGCUGUCCGCUCUCGAGCCGCAGUGGUACCAGGCUCACAGCAUCCUGAUCCUACCCACGGCCAUGCUAGUCUUCUGGUGCUACUUGAUCGAGGAGUCGCCCAGCUGGCUCCUGGUGGCGUGGAACGCACGGCACGCCGAUGAGAUAAUCUUGCUGUCUGCCGCUUUGAAUGGCGUAGACAUAAACAAGGCGCACGCCUCGUUGAAGGCCCUCAGGAAGCAGAUAUCGAAAAACGAACGGAUGGCGGCCACCACCGUGACGACCAUGGCCGAAGGCUACAUCCAGUCGGUCCUGUUUCGGCGGCGCAUGGCGGCCGUGCUCCUGUCGUGGUUCAGUGUCAACUUCACCUACUACGGACACGUACUCCGCGCCGUCAGCAGCAACCACCUGUGGCACGUCGCGCAAGCGGUCACGCAAGCCGGCCUCUACUACGUCGUGUGGCGCAUUCUGCACCGUCACGGCCAGCGCGAGACGCUCUCCGUUUUGCUCGCCGUGCUCUGUCUCCUCACGGCGCUCAAGGGUAGCGUGCUGCUGCUCGACGCCCACUCGCUCGGCACCCUGAUGGAAGCGCUCGUGGAGAGCGUCUCUUCGACGGCGCUCAGCCUCAACUACGGCUACACCGCCGACGUGUUUCCCACAAUCAGCCGGAGCCUGGGCCUGUGCAUCGCGUACGCGUUCGGGCGCCUCGGAGUGCUGGCGGUCAUCACUCUCUCGCAAGUGGCCGGCAGCGAAGGCGACGCCGCCAUCAGCCUCAUAAUGAUGAUCUUCGUGCUGCUGAGCGUGAUGGCCAUCCAGUCGCUGCCGGAGGCCUUCGUGGAGAAGGGCAAGGAGCAGCAGCCAAGGUCAUCGAUGAGCGAGACUGAACGCAAGGCGGUCAUCCAGGCGUCCCUGUCACCCAUGACUCCGCCGACUCCGCCCAGACAUGACAGGCGUUCUCGCAGGAAGUCGAGGACGUCUGCCAGGCCGUCAAUGUCUAGCGUGUCGCCGCGUGACAAACGCAAGACUUCCGGGCGUUCGGAAGGCGUCGAGGAACCCUGACUGCGAGAACGUGUGUUGAGCAAUGUUCUUCGAUUCUGAGACGCCGACGACGUGGACGCUUCACAACUGUGUUUAGCUAAAUAUAUAAUUAUUAUUGACAAUCGUUCAGUCAUCAAUGCAAAUUUUUUUUUUCUGAGAGAGUUAACGUUUCCGUACACGUACAUGGUUUCAUUCGAUGUAUCACCUGUGCGCUAUCCGCAAUGUACGCUAUUAGUGCCCCAGCACUUUUCGAGUUGACCAAAUGGUUGGCUCGACGCUUCGAAGCAGCAUUGCGUGGAAGGCAUCGGUUGGCAAGGAUGCAAAACGGACGAUCUAGCUUUCAUUCUUAAAGGCUCUAGUCAAUUGUUCUGUGUCCAAUGUAUCUCAGGCGCUGGUGUUUCACCGUGUCCGAGGACAACGGUCGGUGGCGAUGAAGGCGAAAUGAAGGCAAAGCUCUCGCAUUGCUCGCUAUGAAUGUCCAAAGACUGUAGGCACACCACUGGAAUUCGUAAUACGUGCCGCAAUAACACGGACGCAGGGAGAUGGCAACACGGACGCUGGGAGAGCCAACUGGCAAUGCUUCAUUCAAUCAUAUACUUGUACACGGCUAUGCUUCAGCGGUCUUGCUCUGCGUCUUUGUAUGCAGUUCCAAUUUUGCGUGUCACACGACGCGGGACACGCAGCACGUGGAAACCAGCAAUAAACAUUU